GGAAGUGGAGGCCGUACCGGGCGGCGGAGGGCGCGGAGAGAGAUGCCUGUGACCGUGGGCCCCUACGGGCAGUCGCAGCCCAGCUGCUUUGACAGAGUGAAGAUGGGUUUCAUGAUGGGCUUUGCUGUGGGCAUGGCAGCAGGAGCACUGUUUGGAACCUUCUCCUGCCUCAGGAUUGGCAUGAGAGGACGGGAGCUGAUGGGUGGAGUUGGCAAAACGAUGAUGCAGAGUGGAGGAACCUUUGGGACAUUCAUGGCCAUCGGGAUGGGGAUCCGCUGCUGACCGCGUCACCCCCUGCUCCUCCUCUGCCAGGAGCAGAUCUGGAUACCUGAAGAGAGAACAGUUCCCCAAAGGGAGGGGGCACCAUCCUUGCUCUGCUGAUUGUAAACGUGUCUUUUACCAAAUUUCUACUUUCCUCCCCUGGCACUGAGACCCAGCAAUCCUCUGUACCCCAUUAAAGCUCCCGUUCCCCAGCCCUGUACCG